AUGGCCCUCCGCUCCAGCGUGCUCCCGACGGCCGUCGUGGCUGCCGUGUGCCUCCUGGCGCUGCGCGGCCUGCUCGCCCCGGGCCCGAGCCAGGCCUUCGCUGCGCCAGAGGUCGGCCUCACGCAGUCCGUCCACCGCCAGUGCAGGCCCGUGGCGGGCGGCGACCGCGCCCUCGCCUCCGGCGCAGCCCCGGCCGUCCUGAGCACCGUCCCGGCGCGCCCAGGCGUCGCCGCGCACUUCAAGGUGACGCUGGAGACGCCGGACGGCACCCAGGAGUUCGAGUGCCCCGAGGACGUGUACAUCCUGGACCAGGCCGAGGAGGAGGGCCUCGAGCUGCCCUACUCCUGCCGCGCGGGCUCGUGCUCGAGCUGCGCGGGCAAGGUGCUGUCUGGCGAGAUCGACCAGUCGGACCAGGCCUUCCUGGACGAGGACCAGACGGGGGAGGGCUUCUGCCUCACGUGCGUGACGUACGCGACCUCGGACGUGACCAUCAAGACCCACUGCGAGGACGAGCUGUAA